AUGUCGAAAAGUGAGGUUUUGUACGUUAAAGGAAUGGAUAUGUCAGAAUCUGAAGAUGACGGUAAUGCUUGGGAUGACAGAAAGCUGAAUGAUGCUUACGACAAAGCAAUUAAAAUUGCAAACAUUGAGAUUGCUAAAAGAAUUGCUAUGUCAACAAAUACACAAACCAGCAAUGCGGACAAAAAACUCCUUACGAAAAAUCAAAAAGCUCAAACUAAGUCAAAAGUUAAAAAAACAGCUUGGAAAGUUGGCAUGCCAUGUAGAGCUGUGUAUGAUGAAGAUGGCCUAGAAUAUGAAGCAUAUAUAGUGUCUAUUAUAAAACAAAAUGAAUGCAUAGUACAGUUUUUAGGUUACAACAACCUACAAGUGGUUGAACUUAGUUCUCUGCUGCCUUCAUUGGAACCAGAAGGGCAUAAAACCUUUGAAAUCAAGUCAGACCAAGAUGAUGGCGGUUUUGAAAGUCAAUCCUUGCACUCUGAUGAACCAGAUCUUAAUAAACCCAAUACUGCACUUUUGGAUACACGCAGGGAUUCUCACAAAAAUAAUAAAAAGACUGGAAAGAAUAAAAAAGUUAAACAGCAAUCAUUCAACGAUUUUACUUUGCCCGAUAUACCAAUGCCUGACAUGUCAGCCAUUAGAAAUCUAGGCUUAAUGGAAAUGCCUUUGCCGCCUCCCCCACCGCAGUUAGGUGCUGUUCAAAAUGAGCAGCAAGCUGUAUCUUCAAUGCUGUUAAGCUGGUAUAUGAGUGGGUACUACACGGGACUAUAUCAAGGGAUGAAAAGAGCAAAAGAGGAAAACAUGAACGGAAAAUGA